AUGUCGUCGUCAACAACUUCGUCCGCUCUGUACGCAACUGUCUCGUCGUCUUCACGAGCCACCGGUGCCGUGCCCAAAGACACGGACAAAUUGCGCCAUCACAACAAGAAUGGAAAGGGUUUCAUCAACCCUUGGGAUUCUUAUACCCCCGACACAACUCCACCCACCGUACCCGUACAAAAGCCACAAUUCCUGCCGACGCGCGAGACCAAGACACUACGAGCAACAUGGCUGGGUCACGCCUGUUACUAUGUCGAGUUCCCUGGUGGCUUGAGAGUCCUCUUCGAUCCCGUCUUUGAGCCACGAUGCAGUCCCUUCAGCUUCAUGGGCCCGAAAAGAUACACGCCGUGCCCCGUCGAUGUUGCCGACAUUCCUAUCAUCGAUGCAGUCGUCAUCUCCCACAGUCACUACGACCAUCUCUCUUAUCCUACCAUCCUCAAGAUCAAAGAGAAGCAUCCGAAUGUUCAUUUCUGGGCCCCGUUGGGCAACAAGGCCUGGUUCACCAAGUGCGGUAUCGAGAACAUGACCGAGCUGGACUGGUGGGAGUCGCGAGACUUUACUUUGUCGGCGAGGAAGCAAGACGCAGAAACCACACACACUGAGACCGGCUCAACCGUGAACGCAGGAGGCGCUGAAGACAUCAAAGCUGUUAUUGGCUGCUUGCCUUGCCAACACACAAGUGCUCGUACCCCCUUCGACAAAUCACAUACGCUGUGGGGUUCGUGGAGUGUUGAAAGCGGCGGCAAGAAGAUCUGGUUUGGUGGAGACACCGGAUAUCGCUCCGUGCCUGACCUACCCGAGGAAGAGAACGACUAUGACGAGAAGCACACUUACCCGACAUGUCCUGCUUUCAAGGAGAUUGGAGAGCUUAGAGGUCCUUUCGACUUGGGCUUGAUUCCGAUCGGAGCAUAUGACCCUCGUUUCAUCAUGUCUCCCAUGCACGCCAAUCCUUUCGACAGUGUCAACAUCUUUAUCGACACACAGUGCAAGAAAGCGCUUGGUAUCCAUUGGGAAGAUGUUCUGGAGCCUCCGAGGGUACUCAAGCAAGCCAUGGUCUGGAAAAACUUGCCCGAAACAGGCGUCUUCGAUACUUGCGACAUUGGCGAGAGCCGUGAAUACUGA